GCACUUUUCCUUGAAGUUCCCACCUUCUGGGGGCCCAAAAGGAGAAAAGCCCUUUAUCGCAAUGUUAGCAGCUGAUACCUUAUCCCCGACCCACCAAAGCCCCUAAUCUCGGCUUCUUCUCCUUCUCUCGACUCUGUCUGAUUUUCAUGGAGGAAGCAGUACUCGGCGUCGCCAUGGCCACCCACGCCAUCCUCGCCGCCGCUACCAUAUCCUUCUCCUCCCCUGCUCCUCUCCUUCCUCAUUCCUCUGCUCGCCCCUUCCACCCCGCCAUUAUCGCCCAACCCCUCAAGCUCCUCUUCCCCUCCCCCUCCGACGCCGCCGCUCCCAAGCCCCUCGCCGUGGUCGCCGCUCCCAAGCCCCUCGCCGUGGUCGCCGCCACCCAGAAGGCCGUCUCCGUCCUGAAGGGCUCCUCCCAUGUCGAGGGCCUCGUCACCCUCCUCCAGCAAGACGAUGGUCCUACAACAGUGUCAGUGCGCGUUACUGGACUAACCCCUGGACUUCAUGGCUUCCACCUUCACGAGUAUGGCGACACCACCAAUGGCUGCAUAUCAACAGGGCCACAUUUCAACCCAAGUAAUAUGACGCAUGGUGCUCCCAAAGAUGAAGUUCGUCAUGCGGGUGACCUGGGAAACAUAGUUGCCAAUGCCGAUGGAAUAGCUGAGGCGACAAUUGUCGAUAACCAGAUUCUUUUGAGUGGACCAAAUUCAGUUGUUGGAAGAGCCUUUGUGGUUCACGAGCUUGAGGAUGAUCUCGGGAAAGGGGGCCAUGAGCUUAGCCUUACGACUGGAAAUGCUGGCGGACGAUUGGCCUGUGGUGUUGUUGGUUUGGCUCCAGUUUGAUUGAUUCAAUUCUGUGUCCGAGCUAGCUUCGUCAUGCUUGCGCUACGGAGUUGUAGUACUAUGCAUUACUUGGAUCCAACAUUCCGGCAUGUUGGGUGAGUGUUUAGUCAUGCUUUUGAUCUCUCUACUUACAUUGUCUUCCUAUGCCAUCUUUAAGCCUUCAAGAUUAGAUACAUAAGAAAAUGUAUUCAUGUGCAGCUGUAACUAUUACUGUACACUGAAUUCUGUGUACUUUUGGUAGAAAACUUUAAUCCAUAUAAAAUCAUAUUCUUGUA